AUGUCCAUAGAGAUCCCGGGCUUCGAACUCGGCCAAGCCGACGCAGCUGCUGGAGGUGACGAUCCCACGUCGCCCGUUCAUACGACCCCGCCUUCUCCCGGCAAUUCGUCCAGGAGGGGAUCCGAGUCCAAUUCGCGGCGGGGGUCCGAGUCGAGUGAGAAGAUGGUCAAGGUCGAACGACCUUCGAGUGCACAUGGCGAGGACGACGACGACGAUGACGAUGACGAUGAGCUUGCCGAUGAGGAGAGUGAGUCCGAGAACGAUUUUGCCGUGUGAUUCGUCGUCUGCUGCCUACGACGAGGACUGAUCUAUGGUCCUGUCCUCUUGGUCAUGAUUAGCACUCGCACACCGCAAGCAAUUCGCGCAAAAGCGUGGAGGUCAUUAUCGCAACGAAGCCGAGGCGAUGAAGCGUGCGCAGGCCAUGUUGGCCGAGGAGGACGACGAUUCUUCGGACCCGGACGCCGCGAGACCAUCCGUUCCGCCGAUGCCGGCGACAAGUGGGUUGGCUCAGAGUAAUGGUACAGAAGAGGAAGAGGAGGCAUGA